ACUCUUUCGAAGCCCGCCUAUCUCUCACUGAAAUAUAAAUAACAGCCCAUCCGCAACCUCCGCCUUCACCACUUCUCGCUUCUCUUCCCUGUACCUUUUGCUCUGCUCCCAAGGAGCGCACUAUCUUCACAUUUUCGAGGCGCUACAAUGGCCCACGAUAGCCAACUCCCGGUCGACGGAGACGGCGUCUGCAUGCGAUGCAAGGCCACGCCGGCGGAGGAGGAGACGCUAACCUGCGCUACCUGCGCCACUCCUUGGCACCUCGCCUGCCUAGGCGUGCUGUCUCAGAGCAUGGAAUUAACCGGUGAGUUCAAAUGCCCCGACUGCACAGAAAUCGGGACCAGCGGACCUCCCGCGCGGGCUCCAGCCGAAGGUAAUAGCCUGGUGGAUAGGAUUCUGGCCAUCGAGGCCGACCAGUCGUUGACGGAGCGGGAGAAGGCCAGGAAACGACAAGAUCUGCUUAGCGGUAAAGCUGAAGAGAAUGGAAAUGAAGAGGAAAACGACGGGAAGACCGAUGUGUUGUCUGUGCUGGGAGAAAGCUUCCAGUGCUCCUUCUGUAUGCAGCUUCCUGAUAGGCCGGUUUCGACACCUUGCGGGCACAAUUUUUGCUUGAAGUGCUUCCAGAAAUGGAUUGGCCAAGGAAAAAGAACUUGUAUAAAAUGCCGGCGCAAAAUUCCUACUGAGAUGGUGAGCCAGCCACGUAUCAACUCCACCCUUGUAGCUGCCAUAAGGAUUGCUAAAGUUUCAAGAACUAUUGCUACAGGAGUUCCUAAGACAGUCUACCAUUAUAUGUGUAAUCAAGAUCGCCCAGAUAACGCUUUUACCACGGAUAGGGCAAAGAAAACUGGGAUGGCAAAUGCUUGCACUGGGAGGACACUUGUCACGGUCCCUAAAGAUCAUUUUGGGCCUAUUCCAGCUGAGAAUGAUCCGGAAAGAAAUAGAGGUGUCCUAGUGGGAGAUUCAUGGAAAUUUCGUGUGGAUUGCUCCCAGUGGGGUGUGCAUCGUCCUCAUGUUGCUGGAAUUGCUGGGCAAUCAAAGCAUGGCGCACAAUCAGUUGUCCUAUCUGGUGGCUACGAAGACGAUGAAGAUCACGGAGAAUGGUUUCUGUACACUGGAAGUGGAGGGAGAGAUCUAAGUGGCAACAAGCGAACAAACAAGGAUCAGUCAUUUGAUCAGAAAUUUGAGAGCUCUAAUCAAGCUUUGCUAGUUAGCUGUCAGAAAGGAUAUCCAGUCCGUGUUGUGAGAUCUGAGAAAGAGAAGCGUUCCUCUUAUGCUCCAGACCAACAUUUGCGGUAUGAUGGGGUCUACAGGAUUGAGAAGUGCUGGAGAAAAAUAGGCAAGCAGGGUUUUAAGAUGUGCAGGUACUUAUUUGUUAGAUGUGAUAAUGAACCGGCACCUUGGACAAGUGAUGACCAUGGAGAUUUCCCAAGGCCUUUACCGGUCAUUCCUGAGCUUGAAAGUGCGGUCGAUGUUUUUGAGAGGUCAGAAAGUCCAUCAUGGGACUAUAAUGAGGUGGAAAAACGUUGGGGAUGGAAAAGGGCACCACCUUCUAGCAAUCAGAAACAAGUAGUUGAAAGCAACCCUGUGGACAGAAAAAGAGCAAGGAAGGCAAUAAAGAGAGCACAGCAUGAAUCAUUCAAAGAAAAACUUUUGAAAGGAUUCAGCUGCCUGCUUUGUGGCAAUGUAUUGAAUGUACCACUCACGACACCUUGUGCUCAUAACUUCUGCAAGACUUGUCUAGAGGGGGCAUUUAAAGGCCAAACAUUCACAAAAGAGAGGGGAUGCCUAAAUGGAAGAAAGCUACGCUCCCAGAAGAAUGUCAUGAAAUGCCCUAUGUGCCCUCUCGACAUUUCUGAGUUUCUACAGAAUCCCGAGGUAAAUAGAGAUCUUAUGGAUGCUAUAGAGAAACUUCAGAGCUCUUCUGCUUUUGAGGAUAACCGUGACACAGAUUCUUCUUCUGAAGAGGAUGAUGCCAAUGCGACCGAUAAGACGUCAAUUGCUGGUGCUGAGGAAGUGCUCACUAAUGCUUUAAAGAAGGAUGAGUCUGGCACUAAGCAGAAGACAAAGGAAGCUCUUAAGAAACGAAAAACAGAUGUUGUAGGUGUUUCUAUCGGUUCUGAUUGUGAUGGUACAGAUAACAUGAUGAAUGGCGAGGCGGCGGCGGCGGCUUGUGAUGGCAUAAUCUUGCAAGCUGUUGAAUGAACUGGUAACAGUGGCUGCGAUUAACCUAAUUGCUAAGCGUAAUUUCAACAUUAAUUAGAUGGAGGGUGGACCCCUUCAAUCUAUAAACCUACGUGAUGUUUUUUUUAUCCUUUUGUUUUAAAUCUGCAAGUAUUUGUCCCUAUCCAUUAGUGGAAAAUUUGGAAGGGUAUGGACCUUUGUGGGGAUUUUUUGGAAUGAUUUGCUCAACAUUCGGGCAAACUGUAAAUUUGAUAUUUUCUACAUCCAAGUACUAAAAACAUGAAGUAAUAUUGUGCACCGUAGGACCGUACCCCAAUUUAUUCGGACUUGAACCUACGGAGUACUCUAAUUUGAUUUUGUUAUGUCAGGUUGAAGUUGAGUUGAAAGUGAAACUACGAUAAAUCA